AAGAAACUGAUCGUAUUGCAUAGCAACAGACAGCGCAGGUACACCGAACACUAUGGCGGGGCCUGGCGAUCCGAUUUGUUUGUACUGGACAUGUGACCAAGUAGCAGAUUGGAUUGCUGAACUUGGGUUCCCACAAUAUAAAGCCUGCUUCACAACUAAUCUGAUCACUGGUAGAAAGCUUAUUAUCGUUGAUGCCUCAACUUUACCAAGGCUUGGCAUUACUGACUUUGAUCAUAUAAAGUUCAUCGCAAGGAAUAUUAGAGACAUGCUAGGGGUAGAGGACCCAUACUGGAAUCGGAGUAUAUCAUUACCUCACAGAGAACUGAAAGGCAUGUACCUGGAACGCAAGAGCAUUUCUGGGAUGAAGGCAGACAGUCUCACACUCUCAAAGUACCAGAAAGAACUUCGUAGAAUCGAGAUUGAAAAGGAGCUUAAAACUCUCAAAAGUGCCCAAGUUAAGAGAUAACAGGUUGACAGUGAACUAUAAUUUUAAAAUGAACCGUGGCCAGCUCUAUGUAACGUGUGUAAAUUUAUUCAAGGAUUAGGAUGACUAUUACCGCACAAAUUGAUAAAAGAUAUUUUAAAAUGAAAACAAUUUUGAAUACGAGUGUGAAAUGAAAGCCACCAAUAUAUUUGAUGCUUAUUUUUACACUAAUCUUUAGUCCAUGUGAGGCAAGACUCGUUUUAAUAUAAAGUAGGUAACAAGAAGUGUUUGUCUGGUUUGAAUGGAAAUCAGUCUUUGAUUAAGUGUGACAGUGACAGUGCAUGAUGAUUGAACAAAUAUAAACAAAUGUACAAGGUUUUUGCCCCAAAUAAAGACAAUUACAUGUACCUUCAUCAUCUAAUUAUUUUAAAUAAUUAUUGUGAAAAUGUGAGUGGAUGAAGAAGUCUGAAAAAUUCUACUCUAUUUUUAGGAAUUUCCUCUUUUCAUCAGUAUUACUUAUACAUGUAUCAAUAUUUUUAUUGAUUAGUACUCUUUCAUUUGUUUUUUUUUUUUUUUUUCAAAUUUGAACUCAGAUCAUUUAUGAAACUGAAACCACACUGACUUCAUUUUUGAAAGAAUUGGGAAUUUAUCAUGUGUUGCUCAUUCUGCCUUAUCCAAGAUAGUUUAUAAAUGUAUCAUUUUGGGCUAAAAAAAAAAACCUGUCGGAUAAAAGUCGAUCUAUUUGAAAAAUUACUUCUUGAUGUUAAUAUAUUUUCACAGACUCACAUAGUAAAAAAAUAAUCAUUUGUUGACAGGAUUGGGCUCAAUUACAUGGUAAUUGAUCAAUUGUGUAAUUAAUUACAUUUUUCAAGUAAUUGUAAUUUUACUUGAAAUUUUGAAAGGGAAAGUAAUUGUAAUUGAAAAUGAAAAAUAUGUAAUUGACUUCAGUUACCGUCAAUUACUUUUGAUUACAUUCAAUUACUUUACAAUAAACUUAUUUCAUUUUAUGAUUUAAUAUCAUGACCUUUUUCAUGUCAACUGCUCCAUCAUCAAAGAAUGUAAUAGGCAGAAUCUGUGCUCUUUAUUUAUUUUGUUAAACAUAAACCUUCAUCUUCCUGUUGUUUCUCUGUAAUUUACAUAUAUUAUUAAGUUGAAAUAGGUGGUUCUAGUACUGUACAUGUAUGCAGAUCCAGAAUACAAAUUGAUUUCAUUUAUGGCUUUUAUAGAAAGUAAUUGAAAUUGUAGUUGUUAUUGACAAAACUAAUUGGUAAUUGUAAUU